UCAUCAUUCAUAGUUAUGCGAGCAAACAUAUCAUGUGAUUUCCCGGAUUGCGUCAUAUCUCGUCACCCUUUCCCUGGUUGCACGUUCGCCCUACUACGUCGAAGUGACCAGGAACGACUCACCUGGGGUGUAUAUAUAGUCCGAGAUGACCACACACUGGACAUCACUCUUCACUCAGACCACGGUCAAGCCUUCCAAGUCUCCACGAUCACCCUACCAGUCCAGCUUCCCACCUCAUCAGCAAUGGCCUCUUUCACCUCCCUCUGCCUGGUCGUCCUCGUCGCCUCAUGCCUUGUGGCUGACACUCUGGCCUUGGGCUACGGUCUAGGAAUGAAGGGAAUGUACGGAGGUCUGGGAAUGUACGGAGGCAUGGGAAUGUACGGAGGUAUGGGCAUGUACGGAGGUAUGGGGAUGUACGGUAUGGGAAUGCCCUUCUACGGCGGAUACGGCUACGGAAUGGGAUUCCCCAUGAUGGGAGGUCUCGGCAUGUACGGAAAAUAUUACUAAUCCCAGUGCGACGAUUUGGGGCGUGAGCGGCGUGAAGAGUGUGUCUGUCAGAGUGAUUUGUUUGUUUGUCAGAAUGUUUUGUUCCUUGUAUGUUCAAUAAAAAUUAGUAAAAUAUUCACAA